AAAAUCCAUGCUUAUGUCGAAAUACGACACCGAUUUAAUAUUGACGUAAAUCUUGUUAUUGUUUUGAUCCAACAAAUAUUUAAUAAAGUUUAACUAAAGAUCAAUUAUCUGCCGUUACAUCGGCAUCAGACUUGGUCGAGGAACCAAGUCGCCCGUCCGCAAACUGGACGGAACAUUCGCCACCUUGAGGUGAAACCACCGCCAACCGGCGUGAUCGCUCUCAAGUCAAAACAAUGGUGUCCAGCAGAAGUCCUCCGCCGAAUCAUGGUCCCUUGCCGGGGUCCAGUGGUGGCACCUCCCGCCUAGCCCUGUGCCUGAUCCACUUCGUCCUGGCCGUGAUCUCCGGCUGGGGACUGAAACGGAGCACCGGCAGCAAGGCGAUGACUGCCUUUGGGAUCUACUUUGGCCACAGCCUGCUCUGCCUGCUGCGACACACGCAUCCCAAUCCGGGCGCAGUUCAGCGUCUGCUGUGCGACAAGUCGAGACGUUACUCCUGCGUCCUAUUUGUCACCCUGGUGGUGGGCGAACUGCAGACCGUGAAUCCGGCCACCCGAAUGGGUGACUUCUUCGGCGCCGACUGGGAGAGACUGGCCUUUGGCCUGUGGAGCGCUGUACUGACACUUGCAGUCACCAGCUUGUGGUUCGGCAACAGUCGCAGUCCGCUGGGUGCCACAUUCAUAAAGCUGGAUGCCGCCCAAUUGGGCCUCUGUGUUCUGUGGAAUGUCCACUGUCUUUGGCGCAUCGCCAUCGUCGACGAGCACUGGUGGUCACUUGGCCUGGCCCUGCUUGUUCUGCUGAAUCACUUUGUCCUGUGGCGACUGCCGCUACACUACAACAUCAGCCAAUUGGAGGUGGCCACCGUGGGCAUGUGCUUCAGCACCAUCUUUGCGCUGAAUGCCAUCCAGGAGCAACUGGACGCUGUGGCCAGCUGAGAGCAGCUGGUCGGGCAACCAGGGACUGGAGCCUUGAUUGCCCAGCUCUAAGACACCACAUUUAAUUAUAAUAUGCACGUUGUUGAACAAUUUUUUGAGUAAUAAACUAGACUUCUUAUUUUGAAA